UUAAUCUACCAAAAAUCAACGCCAAAAUCACAAGAGACAGCAACAUGGCUUGUUCUGGCAACCUAUGAUCCAAGAAACCAAUAGUGUCCGUCCAAGGUGUUUAAGAUGGUAAAGGCUCCAAACCCCCAUGAAAAGAUGGCCAAAAUAAAUAGACAAAAACACGCUUCCAUAUUUUUACAUACAGCGUAUCAACAUUGAGUUGCAAUUUCUGCAGGAAUUACACAUCCACGUACAUAACACUUUUGUAACAUCUCCCAUUUGUCAAAGUGGUACUGUAAAAAGUGUUUAGGCCGGAUGCACCCAGCAAAUGCCCGUCACGGGGCGGGAUUACGAGACAGAAAACGAGCAGGUGUCACGUUGCCGGCAGCGACUUACGCAAACACACGUCGUCGUCAUCCUCCCUCAGCUCACAAGCGCACUCCAGCGAGAGACCCAACGAGCCCAACAUUUUUGUCCUUGCGAGUCCAGUCGGCAUCAUGAGCCAGCACCCGAGCGUCUCGUCGCCCUUCCUCAAGCCCUUCUUCCUGAAGACGCCAAUGCGGGUGGUCAGCCCGCUGCGGCAGAGGCGACACACGCUGCCCGCCAGCGAGUUCAGGAACCUCACGCCUCAGGAUGCCAUCAGCGUGUUCGAGAUCGAGAGAGAAGCUUUCAUCUCGGUGUCCGGCGAGUGUCCUUUGACCCUGGAAGAGGUGCUGCAUUUUGUGGAUCAAUGCCCGGAGCUGUCGCUGGGCUGGUUCGAGGAGGGCCAGUUGGUCGCCUUCAUCAUCGGCACGGGCUGGGACAAGGAGAGGCUUUCGCAGGAGGCCAUGACGCUACACGUGCCCAACACAACAACGGUGCACAUCCACGUGCUGUCGGUGCACCGCCACUGCCGGCAGCAGGGCAAAGGCUCCAUCCUGCUGUGGCGCUACCUGCAGUACCUGCGCUGCUUGCCGCGCCCCCGCCGGGCCCUGCUGGUCUGCGAGGACUUCCUGGUGCCCUUCUACCGUAAGGCCGGCUUCAAGGAGAAAGGCCCGUCGGCAAUCAGCGUGUCCAACAUGCGCUUUCAGGAGAUGGAGUAUUUGCUGGGCGGGCAGGCGUACGCCCGGCGGAAUAGCGGCUGCUAGUCCCGCCCACCUGAAUGACAC